ACAGAGCUGCAGCAGAACUUAAAAACCCAAGAGUACUAAAGUAAUAUCCACUUUUGCUUGUAAGUAAUCAGCAGGGAUGCUGUUACUGGGGAGUUUAAAAGCAAUGAAGAGGAAGCAGCUUUUCUGGACAAUGUUCUAUGUUCUGAGCUUGAUGGACAAUAAAGUUUCUGGUGGAAACAACCACAGCUCAUCAGCCACUACCUCACCUUCAGCGAUGAAUGCUACUAUCACCAGUGUAACACCAGCAAUAACAACUGUCACUCUCACAGAAACGAUGGAGCCUAAAACUAUUUCACCAACACCAGAAGGAAAAGCAAGUACUACUGAAAUGACCAAAGUGACUGAAGACACCAGCCCUGCGACUUCCGCAGGACCCACCCAAGCACACACGGAUGUGUCAGACCAGUCAGUGUCAGUGAAAACAUCUCCCGAUUCACAGCCGAACACAUCACAUGCUCCUUUCAGUACGACAGCACAAGCCAUGACUUUGGAAAUGGUUUCGACAGCCACUACUACUGUCCUCACAGAGCAAACUUCCCACUCAGCUACCACAGGACCCCCACCUAGUAGCACAGUGAAGCCCUCCUACACCUUUGCUUGCCAGAAUAUUAAACAUGUGAAGAAGCCCAGAGUGAUCUGCUUGCAUCUCAGUGAGCCCGACACAUGUAAUAAUUUUCGAAAGACAAAGGGAGAAAAUUUAAGUAUGGUGAUUUGUGACACAACCUCACCCUACAAUCACUUCUCUUCUCCCCCAUGCCACAUUGAACUCGCCAAAUCUGAGGUGGAUCCUUCCUGCAUGCUGCUCAUUCAGGCUGGCAUGAAAGAUGCAGAUGCAAUAGAAAAGCUCCUCCAAGAACGGCAGUCUGAUCUAAUUAAGAUUGGAAUAAAAUCCCAUCAACUGGAGAGUAUUGGACGCCACCAGAACAUUCCCCGGAACACGCUGAUUGCCUUGGUCACAUCUGGACUCUUGCUGGCGUUUCUGAGUUUGGCUGGAUACUUCCUUAUGAAACGACGGAGUUGGAGCCCCAGGGGAGAGAGGCUGGAUGAAGACCUCUAUUACACUGAAAACGGUAGCCAGGGAAAUACAGGGAUCACCGUGGCCUCCCAAGAGCACUCCGAGCCGCAGGAGAAGCCAAAUCUCAACAGAGGGGCUCAGAAGAAUGGGACUGGACAGGCAUCCUCAAAAAAUGGACAUUCAGCCAGACAGCACAUUGUUGCUGACACUGAACUGUGA